AUGGACCACUUGGAGACUGCGGAAUGGUGGAAUGAGAAGUGGAUGAUGGCCUUAAGCAACAGCAAUCCCCUGCCAAGUCUGGAGAACCUCAAAUCACCCCAGGAUCCUCUGCUGCGUUCCCUGAAAAAAGUGACCAGGUGUCUCAGCAAGGAUCUGGGGAGACCACCUGCAGCUUGGGGUCCACAGAAGCAUCCUUGCUCUCCUCCGCUUCUCUGUAAAUUAAAGCAAAGCGGAGGAAGUUCCAGUCACCCGGAAUUAAGGAACCAGAUUGCGGGCUUCGUUGAAAGGCGCGCGGAGCAAGGAAGAGCCCUGGGCUCGCACACAAAGGAGCCGGCGUUCCCAGGCGGCGGGCGGCCCUGCCCGGGGCACGGCAGCACUCAGGGCGCAGCGACGCGCCAGGAACCGCCUGAGGCUCCCCGGCUGCCCGGCCCCUCUGCUGGUGGCUGGGAGAAGUUAGUCACCCGGAGCCCGAACCCGACCAGCGUCCCAGCGCGGAGAGGCCGGGGAAUGAGGAGGGAGGAAACCCAGUACCCGGGGCGGCUGGGAGGAGGCGAGAAGAGCGCGGGGCGAGGGGCGCACGGGAAGACCAAAGCCCUAGGCUGCUGGACGGACUUGCAAGGUCUUCGAAACCGGAGCGCACGGGCGUGCGAGGAGGAAAAACUUGCGGCAGGAACUUCCUACCGAGGCGGGGGGCGGGGGGGGGGGAUAAAAAAGAAGCAGGAGAGAGGGAGGCAGGGAGAGACUUGAAAUGUCUCAGUAACUUUAAAAACACAGCAAAACACC